GAUGGUGGGAUUCAAUGAUGACCCCUGCGUGAAAGAGUUUGGUCUGUCAGUCAGUGAUCGAUUUGAAAAAGUAGAGGCCCGUAUACUGGAGGCACCACAAUUACAAUACAAUAUUCAAGCGGACAGAAGAAAUAUUGUGAUGCCCAUGAAGGGCGUGUGGAGACCAAAAUCAUUUUUGAGCUGUAACAAGUUGACACACUGGAUUAUCCUGAAUUUAGACAGAUAUACAAGAGAAGAUAAUUUGAGGCAUUUUGAAGGUGAAAUGCAGAAAAUGGGAAGAAGUUUGGGAAUGGACAUUGGCCCUGCUUUGAGCCCAUACAGUAUGCCUUCUCCAACAAGAAAUACAAAUGAGCUGAUGGAAUUCUUUAAAAGAAUGAAGAACAAAGUUCAGCUCGUUGUCGUGGUUAUUCCAGACAAAGGAGAUUGCUACGCUAAAGUGAAACAAGUAGCAGAACUGAAUAUUGGCAUAUUGACUCAGUGUGUGAAGGCAAGAACAAUGUCACGUAUGAAUCCUGCUACAUGUUCCAACAUUCUGCUGAAAGUCAAUUCAAAACUGAAUGGUGUAAACCACACAUUGGCUCCAAUAUCACGGCCAAAAUGUUUGCAGCGCCCAGUUAUGAUAGUAGGAGCUGAUGUUACCCAUCCAUCACCCGACCAGACUGAGAUCCCUUCUGUUGCUGCUGUAAGUGCCAGCCAUGACCCAAAGGCAUUCAUGUACAACGUCCGCAUUAGAUUACAGCCUCCAAGGGUAGAGAUCAUUGAAGACCUGGAAAAUAUUAUGAAAGAACAGUUACGCUUCUUUUAUAAAAGCACUAACUACAAACCAGAGAGGAUAAUAUUUUUUCGAGAUGGUGUAAGUGAAGGACAGUUUGCACAGGUUUUGAACAGCGAGUUGAAUGCAAUUCGACGUGCUUGUUCUUCUUUGGAUCAAGAAUUUAAACCUAAAGUGACAUUCCUGGUGGUGCAGAAACGUCACCACACUCGGUUCUUUCCAAGAGAUGAGGAUGCAGAUGGGAGAAAUAGGAAUGUUCCAGCUGGUACUGUGGUUGAUCGUGAAAUUACUCACCCAACUGAAGUGGACUUUUAUCUGGUUUCCCAUGCCAGCAUCCAGGGUGUUAGCAGACCUACCAAAUAUCGUUUGUUGUGGAAUGAUGAUGAUGAUAUGACAGAAGACGAAAUUGAAGAAAUUUCAUACUACUUAUGUCAUAUGUUCUCACGUUGCACACGCAGUGUUUCCUACCCAGCCCCUACAUAUUACGCACAUCUUGCUGCUUAUAGGGCGCGUGUGUACUUGGAGGGAGCAAAAGUGAAGCUGUCUAAUCUAGCAAUGGAGCAACAGAGAUGUGCUGUUGUGGCUGAUAUUAUUUCAGGCUAUCCCACUACCAUACUGUGUGACAUCACGUCCCAGCAGACUGCAGUCUUAAAACUAAUUCUCUUCAUUUUGGUUUUUCAGAGCAAAAGUGAAGCUGUCUAAUCUAGCAAUGGAGCAACAGAGAUGUGCUGUUGUGGCUGAUAUUAUUUCAGGCUAUCCCAUGUUUUUUGUGUAAAAAGUAAGUUGGUUCCAGAGUGGAAAGACUGAAUUUUUGCUGUUAAACUUUGUUACUAUAAACCUGC